GCUGCCAUUGUUGAAGAGUACAGGGAAGAACAAUUUGCAACUCCAUCAACGCCCGACCAGUGGAAAGUCGUCGCUGAGAACUUUGCAUCUAGAUGGAACUUCCCUCACUGUUGUGGGGCAUUGGAUGGCAAACAUGUGGCAAUGCGCAAACCCCCACAAGGUGGAAGCCAUUACUACAACUACAAGGGCUUCCACUCCAUCGUGAUAAUGGCACUUGUAGACGCCAACUAUAAGUUUCUUUGGGCCAAUGUAGGCGCUGAGGGCUCGACCUCGGAUGCAGCAAUAUUCCAGCUGAGUACAUUACGACAGGGCUUACAAGAGGGAACCAUUGGGCUGCCGCCUCCAGAUGACCUACCUGAUGAUGACAGGGAGACCCCAUACUAUAUCAUCGGGGAUGAUGCCUUCCCGCUACGUGAAUGGCUGAUGAAACCAUUCUCUAUGAGAAACCUAGCACACAAUCAAAGGAUCUUCAACUACAGACUGUCUAGGGCAAGGCGUGUCGUCGAGAAUGCAUUUGGCAUUCUUGCAUCCAGGUUCAGGGUUCUGUUGACGACCAUGAAUGUUCUGCAAAGGAACGCAGAGUGCAUCACAAAGGCAUGCUUGGUGAUGCAUAACAUCAUGCGUGACAGAUUCCCAGCCCUGCAGAACGAAGAGCUGGACCAGGAUGUGGAGGGCAUGGUCGUGCCCGGGUCAUGGCGGGACGCAGGUGUUUUGAGAGACUGUCACCAGGAGGGUGCAACCGGCGAAAGAGCCUCUCGGAAGGGUCGGAUGCUCAGACAGUACCUUAUGCACUAUGUAAACAACGAAGCAGGAAGUGUACCUUGGCAGGAGGAAGCCAUCCGACUUGUUUAACAUGCCCUUUUGAGACCCUUUUGA